AUGAAUAAUGAAAAGGACUAGGAUGAAGAUUUGUACAGUGGUUUGGCUUUAUCUAAAGAAGUUGAUGAAGCUGUCUUCCCUAUCCUCAUUACAAUAUUAAAAAGAGAGAAAAUUUAAUACUGCCAAGAAUUUUCAUAAGAUCUAAAUUAAUGGGCUAUAGAAAACAUAACAAAAAGGUAGAAAAUUUAUCAUUGCAUAAUUAAGAAUAGAUGCUCAAUGCUGAAAAAAAAAAGAAGGAUAUUAAGAGAAUAGCAGAUGUUCUCAACAAAGUUAAAGCUCAUGAAUUUAACUUAAAGAAUUACUCUAUAGAUGAAUACGAAGAAAUUNUAUAUAAUAAUAAUAAUAAUAAUAUACUAUUAAAUUAUGAGUUUUUUAUAACUUGAAAAUAUAUUAAUUAUGAAUUAAAAAUAAGUUUUGAAAUAUUAUAAACUAUUUAAAUUUCAUUUAAACCUGUUAUUUGAGGUUUUAGGAAACCAUUCAAUAAAAUUGUGA